AUGGGCAAGGACGUGGCGGACGUGGAGGUCGGGGGCCGCGCCGGCGUGACCCUCGAGGCGCUGGACCUGGGCUACGUCGUCAACGGCGCGACGCUCGUCUCCGGCGUGAACGCGCGCUUCGAGCCGGGCACGCUGACGGCCCUCAUGGGCCCGAGCGGCGCGGGGAAAUCGACGCUGCUCGGGCUGCUCUGCGGCCGCGGCGGUGGCGACGUGUCCGGCGCCGUGCUCGUCGACGGCGCCGUGCCGCCGCGCGCCGCGCCCGAACAGUUCCGGCUCCUGGCGACGUACACGCCCCAGGACGACGCCCUCAUCGCAGAGCUAACCGUUGGCGAGACGCUGCACCACAAGGCCCUGCUGAGCCUGCCCGCGGGCGCGGCGCCCGCGGCGUGCGCGCGCGUGCUCGCGUCGCUGGGCCUCGACGGCAAGCGCGACGUCGUCGUCGGCGGCCCGGACAAGCCGUCGCUCUCCGGCGGCCAGAAGAAGCGGCUGAGCGUGGCCAUGGACCUCCUCGGCGACCGGCCCGUCAUGAUCAUCGACGAGCCGACGACGGGCCUCGACGCGGCCGCGACGCUCCUCGUCGCCAAAAUAAUCACGUCGCUCAGCGCCGUCGAGCGGCGCACGGUGAUCUGCACGAUCCACCAGCCCCCCUGGGCCAUCGUCGAGACCUUCCACCGCCUCGUCGUCGUCGCGGGCGGCCGGCCCGUCUACGGCGGCGCUCCGGCGGGCCUCAAGCCCUUCCUCGAGGGCCGGGGCCGCGCCUGCCCGCCGCUGGAGAACCCCGCGGACUUC